AGCAAUUCAACGAUGGCGGACAUCCCUGAAGAUGCGCCAGAGCACUGUCCAGGUACACAGAGUGAGCAAGCAGGAAAAUCUGCGUCAUGUCAGGGUUGUCCCAACCAGAAACUGUGUGCCUCUGGAGCUGCAAGUGCACCCGACCCAGCAAUCGCAGAAAUCGGAGCGAAGCUUUCGACAGUCCAACACAAGAUCCUUGUGCUGUCUGGGAAAGGAGGCGUGGGCAAAAGCACCUUUAGCGCUCACCUGGCCCACGCUCUGGCGAGUGACAGCACCAAGGAGGUAGCCCUGCUGGAUGUAGACAUCUGUGGCCCAUCAAUUCCUCGAAUAAUGGGUUUAGAGGGAGAGCAGGUUCACCAGAGUGGCUCAGGCUGGUCUCCAGUGUAUGUUGACGACAACCUGGCAGUCAUGUCUAUUGGCUUUCUACUCAGCAGUCCUGACGAUGCGGUGAUCUGGAGAGGACCGAAAAAAAAUGGAAUGAUCAAGCAGUUUCUGCGGGAUGUUGACUGGGGCGAGCUGGAUUUCCUCAUCGUGGACACGCCGCCGGGCACCUCCGAUGAACAUCUGUCAGUCGUCCAGUACUUGAGCUCCACCCAUGUUGAUGGAGCCGUCAUUAUCACCACACCACAGGAGGUGUCGUUGCAGGAUGUGCGGAAGGAGAUCAGGUUUUGUCGGAAGGUGAAGCUGCCAAUAAUAGGAGUGGUGGAGAACAUGAGCGGAUUUGUCUGUCCCAAAUGCAAGAAUACCUCGCAGAUCUUCCCUCCCACCAGCGGGGGUGCUGAGCAGAUGUGCGCAGAUCUAAAUCUACCCCUUUUAGGAAAGGUCCCCCUCGACCCGAGGAUCGCGCGGAGCUGCGAUGAGGGCCGGUCCUUCCUCGCUGAAGUGCCCGACUCUCCUGCUGCUCAAGCCUACCAGAGAAUAGUGCAAAGUAUCCGGGACUUCUGUUCAAACAGCAUGAUGGAGGAGCGAAGCACCACCUGAACCCAGGGAAAGGCUUUCAUCCAUACGAGGCCGGCACACUGAGGCAGAUCUACUGAAAACUACUGAAUAAGAAGCACACGGAGGAAACCAUCAGGAGAAUUUGAUCCUUCAGUCUUAUCAAACUCAGCACUUGGAUGGAUUUUUGACAGAAUCUAAAUACAACAGUCACAAAAUAUACUAAACAUUUUAUACAGAGACACAUCGAAGCCGUGGGUAUUUACAAACAGCAUGAUUUUAACCAUAGUGUGUCUCUGUUGCUGAAUCCAACAUGUGGCUGCGGCGUGGAAAAUGAAGCUUUGUGUCCUGAUGAGCAAAACAAAAGAUGACCAAGCAGCUGUGUUUACAGGGACAAUAGAACCACGCAUCAUUUCGCUGCUGGGUUUGGGAUUAUUGAAUAACACUGACAGAACAUGAUCAGACAUGUUGUUUAGUCAGUUUGUGGGGGCGGGGCGCGGUGAGGAUGGGGUCUUCUUUAAGACCAAAAUUGUUUUUGGAAUCCACCUGAAAUUCUUAAGGGUUGAUGACCGCACACUUUGAAAUUUCAGUUGGGUUUGCUUUUGCCACGAAGCUUUCACUUUCUAUUCUGACUGAAUUCUAGAGCAACUGGUUUUAUUCCAUCUAUUAUAGGUCUGAAUCACCUUCAUGUUACACACAUGCACUCUGUUCUCUAAAUUUUCUGUAAUUAUACCAUAAAUGGCAAAGUGUGAAUGUUCGGAGUUUCUAUGAAAAGAUGUAUUUUUGACCAUUUUUUUUGUUUAAUGCUCAUGCUUAUAGUAAUUAAAGGAAUAAAUGACCAAAUCA